UAUUUGAUCCAUCCAGAUGUUGCCGAACACAAUCUCACACAUCUGCCUGCUGACCUCGCUGCUGCUGCUCGUCUCUCCUCUCAGCUGGAGCUUCGACGACCUGACGCCAGGAUGUCACCUGUAUCCCUUCAACGUGACGAUCCGCAGCGACCGCCGAGGCACCUGCAAAGGCAUGCACCAGGUCUACGCCUGCGUGGGUUACUGCGAGUCCAGCGCCUUCCCGUCCAGGUACUCGGUCCUGGUGGCGUCCAACUUCACGCACAACAUCACCUCCGCGUCGCGGUGCUGCACCAUCAGCAAGGACGCCAAGGUCAAAGUUCGCCUGGACUGCCCUCGAGGUCGUCACCACGAUGAAAUCGAGAUCCUGACGGCGAAGGCGUGUCGCUGCGACAUGUGCCGCAAAUCCCGCUACUGAUGACGGAAUAA